AUGGUAGGGGUCCGGAUUACAAAUAUUUACGGUUUUUUGGCUGUCUGGCCUAUGCAGCCACAUUUCCAUCCUGUCGCAACAAGUUCAUUGCAAGAGCUAUUCCCACUGUCUUUGUUGUUUAGCCUCAUGGCUAUAAAGGUAGUGUCUAGCCCUGAAUGGAGACAAGCUAUGAGUGAAGAAACCAAAGCCUUGGAGGCCAACAAUACUUGGUGUCUUGUUUCCCUCCCACCAAGUAAACAUUGUAUUGGCAACAAAUGGGUACAUAAAGUGAAAUUCAAACCUGAUGGCAGUGUGGAUCGUCACAAAGCUCGUUUGGUAGCCAAGGGUUAUACUCAACAACAUGCUAUUGACUUCACAAAUGCUUUUUCCCCUGUUGCCAAGCUCACUUCUGUUCGUAUUUUGCUCACAGUGGCAGCAACAAAGAAAUGA